CCUUUCCUCCCUCUCUUCCUCCACUUUCUCCUGCAAAGCCACAGUCCGGGGAGGCUGCUCAGCCAGAGCGGUGAUUGACAGCCUCCUCCUUCCAGGGGCGUGGCUGACCGACCCCGCCCCGGCCGGAACCCUGGGGUUAAAAUAGGAGCCUGGGACGAACGAACGCUAGCCCUUUCCUGGCCCCGCCCCCAGUCCGACCGCGAGGCCUCACUCAAUAUGGCGCCGGCGCCCGGCCCUUACGUUGGCGAGCGCAGAGCCUGCUGGGAGCCAUAGGACCGCUGCAGUGAUGGCGGCCGCCGGCGCGUCCGAAGCCGUGGCGCUGGAACAGAUCGUGGGGGCCCUGAAGCUGCUGCUAAGCCCCGGAGGAUCAGAUUCCAGUUCACUACAGAUCACAAAACAUGAUGUUCUGUUGGAGACUUUAAAAUCUAACUUGUCAGCUUUGGACAAAAAGUUUGAGGAGGAUCCUCAGUGGAAAGAGCUGAAGAGCUUUUGUGAUGAAAUUGCUUCUCGUGCAGAAUGGCCGCAGAACUCUAUGGAUGUUACCUGGAAUUUUAUUUCUCAGCUUUUAGUGUUGCUGUUGUGUCUAAAACAAAGCAUGGUCCUGCUAGCAGCUAAUUUCCAUCCCCCCGAGCCGAAUCCUAGAACUGCAGAAGCUGCUCCUGUCUUAAGUCCUGACACACUUAGUAUCUCUCAGCAGAAAACCGUUCAGUCGGCUUUGCAGUUUGUGGUUACCUUAGGUAUCUGUCCCUUUCUUUUGCCCGGUGUUGGAAUACCUCUGCGAUGCCGGACUGAGUUUGGUGCCGUUGUUCAAGAUGGAGUCUCUUUUGCUGCUGCCCCCAGUGCAGUUCAUAGACUGUACACGAGUUGCAUUGUACUGCUGGAUAUUGCAAAACACACGUCUCUGGGCAGCCUGAUUCUUAGUCGCCAUUUUGGAGACAUCGCAGCAGGGCUCUGCCAGCUUGGAUUCUGCCCCAUGAAAAGAAAAGAUGAACCAGCAAAGCCUCUGCAGGAAGGUCUAAAGGAAGAAGAGAGGACCCGAGCCAGAAAAGCCUUGCAGAGCAUUUUAGAUCAAGUCUACCAACCCCUGGUUGUUCGGGAGCUGAUUAUCCUCCAGGGAGGACCUCAACAGACAUGCUCAGAUGUGAAAACACAGACCAGUACUCGAGCCCCAGCCUGGCUUCGACGUCUUUGUGGGCAGCUGCUUUCAGAAAGGUUGAUGAGACCCCAUGGUGUUCAGGCUGUGGUCCGGGGCAUCCUGGAAGGAGCCGGUGCUGGAGCAGCUGGUGGUGCUGGUGCUGAAGCCGGGGCAGCUGACUGGAGGAAGUGUGACAUGGUAGCUAAGAUUCUGGCUUCCUGCCCCCAACAGUCCCUUUCCUUAGAAGAUUACUAUCGGCAAAUCUGCCCUCAGAUUCUAGACUUAUUGCACAUUCAGGAUAAAUUGGUCGCCCGGCAGUUUCAGAGGGUUGCUACCACUACCUUCUUGACCAUGACAAGAGAACACCCUCAGCUGGCCACAAAGCACUUGCUCCAGCCCAUGUUAGAGCCACUUCAUCGAUGUUCAAGUACAGCAGGGGUGUCAUCAGAGCGGGAAUUACCACCAGGAACUGUCGUGGUAAAGGAAGAAGAACUUAGCCGCUGUCUGGAGGACGUGUUUAAGGUGUUUGUGGUUGGGAAUGAGCCUGGUGCAGCCUUGCUGGAGUCCUUGCUUCCAGAUUUGGGGGUUGUAUUUUCUCUCUAUUGUUUUACUCGGCAGAACGUGUCUCCCUUAAGGUCCUUCUGCCAAGAGAUCUUGUUGUGGAUGCUGGAGAAGAUGGAGAGGAAGGCAGCUCUUGCUGCUCUGAAGGGAUUGGCUGGUCUGGAUAAGUCAGUGCCUUCUCUCCAUCCUCUGUGUGAGUUCAGAGCUGCUAGUCAAGGCAGCACAAUGGUUACUAUCAAAGAGACAAACAGUGAUGAGGACGAGGCUCUGUACCAGAAAGUCACCUCCGAGCAGGGCAAGGUGGAGUUUCUGGUGGACCUGCUGUCCACAUGUCAGCAGUGUGGUCUGGCAGGGGACUUCUUCAUCUGCUGCUUAGAGGAGCUGACACAUGUAGCAGUGGAAAAUAAAGCCCAGCUUCCCCCCGAGCCCCUCUCCCACAGAAACCUCUUGGCUCUGGAAGAAUACCAAAGUUUUCUUGUUGAAGAGCAAGAGAAGAAGCUGCUGACCUUGCAAGUAGUGGCCGUCCUGUGUGAGAGAAUGUCCGAGACGAUCUUCACCAGCAUCACUCAGGUGGUGGAAUUUGUAGCAGCAACAUUGAAGAGAGCAUGUCUCAGCUUAACCCAAGAGUUAGAGAGUACUGUGGAAGCACAGACUUUGAGUAUGUCAAUGGGACUGGUGGCUGCCAUUUUGGGAGGUGCUGUUCAGUUGAAAUCAAGUGACUUUGAUGUCCUGAAGAAGCUGGUGCCCCUGCUAGAAGAAGUCUCCUGCACGUACCCAGAACCUGUCAUUCAAGAGCUUGCUGCUGAUCUCCGCAUCACCAUCUGUACCCACGGGGCCUUCUCCACUGAUGCUGUCAGUGUGGCAGCGGAGACUACAGUGAAAAAAAAAGAUCCAGGAGGGAGCGAGAUGGAGGGACGGCCUCAUAGCAAAUCUCAGAGCAGUUCUGAGGCUGAGGUGGUCCAGACACACUUGGACCCAAAGCCCCACAGGGAGAAAGCCAACCAUACGGGGAGCCCUCCUGCUGCUCCGCCUGCGCCCCCUAAGGCCCAAGGAGCAAGCCCUGGGCAGCAGCGCCUCUUGGCUGAGGGUGCCCCUGCAGACCAGAACCCCAGAACCAUCACCCCAGAACAGUUUCAGGAGGUUCUCUUGUCUGCCUAUGAUCCUGAGAUUCCAACACGGGCUGCUGCCCUGAGGACUCUUUCCUGCUGGAUAGAGCAGAGAGCUCCCCAGGCACUUAGGACCCAGGAGAAGCUUCUGAAGGUGUUCUUAGAGAACAUGGAGCACGAAGACACCUUUGUGUACUUGUCUGCUAUUCAGGGUGUUGCCCUGCUGGCAGAUGUAUAUCCUGAGGAAAUCCUUCCAUCCCUGCUGACCCAGUAUGGGAGCAGCCCCGGGAAGCAUCCCCCAGAGACCAGAAUGAAAGUGGGAGAAGCGCUGAUGAGGAUCGUCCGAGCGUUAGGGGACAUGGUCUCGAAGUACCAGGAACCUUUGAUUCACACCUUCCUGAGGGGAGCAAAAGAUGCAGAUGGCAGCCAUAGGGCCAGCAGUCUGUCCAAUCUCGGAGAACUUUGUCAGAGGCUGCACUUCCUUUUGGGCCCUGUGGUUCAUGAGGUGACAUCUUGCUUGAUUGCCGUCGCUAAGACAGACCCCGAGGCCCAGGUUCGAAGAGCUGCCGUCCAUGUGGUGGUGCUUCUGUUCCGGGGACUCAGCCAGAAAGCGACUGAAGUGCUGAGAGACGUCCUGAAGGACCUUUACCACCUGCUGAAGCACGUGGUGCGUUCUGAGCCAGAUGAGCCGGCCAAGCUGCAUGCCCAGCUCGCCCUGGAAGAGCUUGAUGACAUUAUGAGGGGCUUCCUGUUCCCACCCCAGAGGCUGGAGAAGAAGAUCAUGGUGCUCCCGUAGGGUGCCCUUCCACAAAGGAUGCUCACCUUUGGAACCUCACAACAAGCUGGGCAGCAGGCUGUCAUGGUCCCCAUGUCUUCUACAGAGACGGUGUCCCCUGGGGUCUACCUGCCUGAAGAUGCCACUCAUGGAGACGUCUAUAACCAGCUUGCUGGGUGGAAAUGAGGGGGAAGGAUUUUGAGGCACACUCUCCUGCCCAUUCCUGCACCAGUCCCAUCAGGGAGAAAGUAUUUAUGUUAAAAAAAAUAAACAUUUUUAUAGGAGGUGACCUAGGGGUUCAUGCUUCGAUGUCCUUCCCCAGUGACAGGCUCACUCCUCUUGGUGGCCUUCACAGAGAGGAGUAGUUGUCCUCUGACACUGAAGAGGGUGGUCAUCACCGCAGGUGGGACGGGAAGGGACCAAUGUCCGUGGAACACUCACCAUAAAAUAGGUUGAUUUUGGCUAGAAAAAGCCAGAAGGGGGCCUCGGGAGCCCCCUCGAUCCAGCCUACCUCCUCCUCUCACAGAUGAGGAAACUAAGUACUUUGCUCGAGGUCACAGAGUGAGUUAGGGGCCUCCUGACAGCCUGCCUGGGCUUCUUUUCCCUCUGCCACUCAGGGGGGGUGGCAUUCACAAGGGGCAGUGAUGGCACUGACUUGAUCCCAGAGUGGAAGCCUCCUACAAGCCUGUCCAGUGCUCCGGAUAAGAAGGGCACACUCUGUGCAUGUUUUUCCCCAGCCUCAUAUUCCCACCCCUCUGUAUGUUCCAUAUCAUCCAUGGUAAACAAGGCUGAUGCUUUAGACACGUGCAGGGGUCUGUGAUGAAAAGCGAUCAGCGGGGCAGCUAGGUGGCACAGUGGAUAAAGCACCAGCCCUGGAUUCAGGAGGACCUGAGUUCAAAUCUAGCCUAAGACACUUCACACUUACUAGCUGUGUGACCCUGGGCAAGUCACUUAACCCUCAUUGUCCCACCCAAAAAAAAAAGAAAAGUGAUCAGCGUUUGCUUGAUAAGAUGCAUCUCCCUCCCUUUGUCAGAGGGGACAGUUUUCUUGGUUCUGGUAAGAAAGAGGAUAUGUUUAAAAUGAAAAUGAUGUUUUAAAAAUCAAUAAAAAACUGUGGAAGAAAGGUGGGGUUUCAUGCGUAAGGACAUUGAACACAGUGUCAGACACAUGAUUAUGCCAGUCUUGGUGGAGUAUUCUCAGGUGUUGUAUGUGCCAAAGAGUCUCCCUUUCUCUCCAGCACAAUCAUUUUCACCUUGGCUAAGUUAGAAAUUUUAGUAGUUGAGACCUGAAUAACCCAAAUUCCGUGGUAUUAUUUCAAAAUAGCUUUAAAUUAGUUGUAAUAGCUAGCAUUUAUAUAAUUUUUUUCAGAGUACUUUAUUGUCAACCCCACAACAAACCUAUGAGUUGGUGUUAUUGGUAUCCACUGAAACUGAGAGGGGUUAAGCAACUUACCCAGGGUCACACAGCUAGUCUCCCAAGUCCUGCACACUUUAUCUACUGUACUGACCUCUUCCCCUCAUUUCUACUUACUCUUUCAUUCCCUGCUUAACCUCACCCAGUGAACCACAUCAAGGAAAAAAUAAACAGAUGGAUAGAAGGAUGGAUGGAUAGGUAGAUGAAUGAGUGGGUGGGUGGAUGGAUGGAAGGAUGGAUGGAUGGAUGGGUAGGUGGACAGAUGGACCCUCCCAAUUCUAGCUCCCAGGGCAGUCUCAUUCCCUCUUCUCUCUUCUCCAGUUUCUUCCUCUAGCCAGACAUUGGCACAAAAGUUGGCCAUGCUCUCAGUAUCUCUUAUUGACCAAUCUGUAAUCUGGCAUGGAUGCACAACAGAUACAUCCCUGCACUUGGAAUGAAGAAGAACCAGGUUUGAAUCCCACUUUCAACACUUGAUAGCCAUGUGACCUCAAGAUCUCCCAGACACUCAGGUUCCUCUUCUGAAAAAUAGAGAUAAUAAUAGCACCUAACUUACUGGGUUGUUUCAAGGAUUAAAUAA